AUGGUGAGCAGCGAGGAUCCCAAUAUCAAGGUUGCAGAGAAAAGGAUAGUUCUAGAAAAUAGAUCAAUUCAUUUUGUGAACAAAGAGUUUUCAAUUCAUAAGCAACUAUCAGAAAUUAGUCACGACAAUGUUAUCAAAAUGUUCGAAAUGCGUCAAUGUCCCUCAUUCUAUUAUUUUGUACUGGAGUAUGCGGAAAACGGAGAUGUUUUUGAUAGAAUCAUACCAGGCUCUGGAAUGAAAUUUUCUGUGGCUCAGAAGUAUUUCAAACAACUGAUUGCUGGAUUGAAGUUUAUCAAUGCAAAUCAUUUGAUUCAUCGGGAUAUCAAACCGGAAAACCUGCUAAUUACGAAAAACGAUGUCAUCAAAAUCUGCGACUUCGGAUCUGCCACAAUAUUCCGUCGCAACGGAAAAGAGCUAAUGUUAAAAUCAUUUGGAGGAACCGAAGAAUUCAUUGCACCGGAAGUAUGGGGUGGUGUUUUGCAUAGAGGACCUCCACUAGACGUAUGGUCAGCUGGGAUAACAUUGAUCAACAUGAUGACUGGACUAAUGCCAUGGAAGAGAGCUGAUGAAGGAUCUAUUGAUUAUCGUAGAUGGAUAAGAAGGGAGAGCCUCAGCGAGAAGCCAUGGAAUAAAGUUGACAAGUUGACACAAGAUUUUCUCCAGCGUAUUCUGACUAGCGAUGUUGAGAAUAGGCUGACAAUUGCGGAAAUCGAAAGUCAUUGUUGGAUGAAUCAGAGGAUUAUUUGA